AUGCAAAAAGCUGCUUUUAAUCAACAAACCAUGCCAUAUAGGAGAGAUUCGGCCAAUUAUAGCCGUCCGAGUGGUUAUCCACCCACACCGAAUACCCCGGGGUCGACCCCACUCCCUCUGCCGGGUAACCAUGACUACCCUGCCCCUUCACCGUCAGCCCUAUCUGCUGCUGGCUAUCCUCCCACUCCUAACACGCCAGGUUCAAACCCUCCUCAGAUGUCCGGCAAUAAUGAAUACCCAGCAGCGCCUGCAGCUCUUUCAGCAGCCCUCGUUGCAGCAGCUGCCACAGCCACUGCAACGGCUACAGCAACAGCCAGUAUGGUAGCCAUUCAAGAACAACAGAAUCAACAACAACAGAUGAACAUGAAUAUGAACAUGAAUAUGAAUAACCAAUAUGGCCCACAGGUCCAGAUGCAGGGUCAGCAACAUUUUAAUAAUCAGUAUGGUAUGCCACAACAACGUCCUCCCCCAGGGAGCAUGGCGUUGCCUCAAGGUCCACCUCCAGGCCCUGGAGGAAUGCCCAGUAAACCUACCAUGCCGACUAUGUACAAUCAUCAAAGAAGAGCCUCGCCCUAUCCGAGCGCACAACAGAUCUUGCAGAAACGACAGCAGCAGUAUCCAAAUGGCACCCAGUAUGGUGCACCUACCGGCUAUGGAAGCCAGCAGCAACACCCAGGCAAGGCACAGUACCCUCCAACGCAACAACCAUUGCCCUCACCGACCUAUGUUGGACCUCCCCAACAAGGCAUGCGCCCUAAUGGACCUACCCCUCCCUAUUCUAAUGGACAAAAUAUUUAUAUGGGGCCCAAUCAGUUUUCCAAUAGACAACCUCAACCUCCUGGUUUUCCCAACCAGUUUCCUAACCAACAGAAUUUCCAGCAAGCAAAUAUGAAUUACCAACAUUCACCCUUACCCGGUAAUCCUACCCCACCAAUGACACCUGGAAGUGCUGUUCCUCCAUAUGUGUCCCCUGGGGCUGAGAUGAAGCCACCCUUUCAAGAUUUAAAACCUGCCCUACCAAUUAAAAAAGAAAAUGACGAGCUUCGACUAACGUUCCCUGUGCGUGAUGGUACUGUAUUGCAUCCUUUCCGACUAGAACACAAUUUGGCAGUCAGCAAUCAUGCCUUUCACCUUCGGGAAUCUGUCUACCAGACUCUGAUGUGGAGGUCUGAUCUGGAGUUACAGCUGAAGUGUUUCCAUCAUGAAGACCGGCAGAUGAAUACAAACUGGCCAGCUUCUGUAACAGUCAGUGUCAAUGCAACACCUUUAAAUAUUGAACGAGGAGAAAACAAAACUUCCCACAAACCUCUCUACCUGAAAGAUGUGUGUCAACCUGGACGGAAUACAAUUCAGAUCACAGUAACAGCCUGCUGUUGUUCCCAUUUAUUUGUCCUUCAACUUGUCCAUCGACCAAGCGUACGAUCUGUGCUACAAGGUUUAUUACGAAAACGUCUCUUACCUGCAGAACAUUGCAUAACAAAAAAGUCAAAUGAAUUGCUGGUAAAUUUUCUUUUUCUUUUUUUUUACUUUUUUCUUUUUCUCUUUCUUUCUUUUUCUCUUUCUUUCCUUUUCUCUUUUUCCUUUUCUCUUUCUUUCUUUUUCUCUUUCUUUCUUUUUCUCUUUCUUUCCUUUUUUUUUUUUUUUCUUUUCUCUUUCUUUCUUUUCUCUUUCUUUCUUUUUCUCUUUCUUUCUUUUCUCUUUCUUUCUUUUUUCUUUCUUUCUUUUCUCUUUCUUUCUUUUCUCUUUCUUUCUUUUCUCUUUCUUUCUUUUUUCUUUCUUUCUUUUCUCUUUCUUUCUUUUCUCUUUCCUUUUCUCUUUCUUUCCUUUUCUCUUUCUUUCCUUUUCUCUUUCUUUCCUUUUCUCUUUCUUUCCUUUUCUCUUUCUUUCCUUUUCUCUUUCUUUCCUUUUCUCUUUCUUUCCUUUUCUCUUUCUUUCUUUUUCUCUUUCUUUCUUUUCUCUUUCUUUCUUUUUCUCUUUCUUUUUUUUUCUCUCUCUUUUUUUUUCUCUCUUUUUUUCUCUCUCUUUUUUUUUUUUCUCUUUUUUUUUUUCUCUUUCUCUUUUUUUCUCUUUCUUUCUCUUUUUUUUUUCUUUUUUUUUCUCUCUCUUCUUUUCUCUCUCUUUUUUCUUUCUCUUUUUUUUCUCUUUCUUUUUUUUCUCUUUCUUUUUUUCUCUUUCUUUUUUUUCUCUCUUUUUUUUUCUCUUUUUUUCUCUCUCUUUUUUCUUUCUCUUUCUCUUUCUUUCCUUUUCUCUUUCUUUCCUUUUUCUUUCUUUCCUUUUCUCUUUUCUUUCCCUUUUUUUCUUUUCUCUUUCUUUUUUUCUUUUUUUUCCUUUUUCUCUUUCUUUCCUUUUUUCUCUUUCUUUCCUUUUUCUCUUUCUUUCCUUUUCUCUUUUCUUUCCUUUUUCUCUUUCUUUCCCUUUUUCUCUUUCUUUCCCUUUUUCUCUUUCUUUCUUUUUCUCUUUCUUUCUUUUCUCUUUCUUUUUUUCUCUUUCUUUCUUUUUCUCUUUCUUUCUUUUUCUCUUUCUUUCUUUUUCUCUUUCUUUUUUCUCUUUCCUUCUUUUUCUCUUUCCUUCUUUUUCUCUUUCAUUUCUUUUUUCUCUUUCUUUUCUUUUCUCUUUCUUUCUUUUCUCUUUCUUUCUUUUUCUUUCUUUCUUUUCUCUUUCUUUCUUUUUCUUUCUUUCUUUUUUUCUUUCUUUUUUUUUUCUUUUCUUUUCUCUUUCUUUCUUUCUCUUUCUUUCUUUUUCUCUUUCUUUCUUUUUCUUUCUUUCUUUUCUCUUUCUUUUUCUUUCUCUUUCUUUUCUCUCUUUCUUUCUCUUUCUCUUUCUUUCUUUUCUCUUUCUCUUUCUUUCUUUCUCUUUUUUUCUCUUUCUUUCUUUCUCUUUUCUUUCUCUUUCUUUUCUUUCUCUUUUUUUUCUCUUUCUUUCUUUCUCUUUUUUUUUUCUCUUUCUCUCUUUUCUCUCUUUUUUUUUCUCUUUUCUUUUUCUUUCUCUUUCUUUCUCUCUUUUCUUUUUUUCUCUCUUUCUUUUUCUCUUUCUUUUUUCUCUCUUUCUUUUUCUCUCUUUCUUUGCUCUCUUUUUUUUUUUUUUUCUUUUUUUCUCUUUUCUUUUCUCUCUUUUUUUCUCUUUCUUCUCUCUUUUCUUUCCUCUCUUUUUUUUUUCUCUCUUUUUCUUUUUUCUCUCUUUUCUUUUUUUUUCUCUUUCUUUUUUUCUUUUUUUCUCUUUUUUUUUUCUUUCUUUCUUUCCUCUCUUUUUUUCUUUCCUCUCUUUUUUUCUUUCCUCUCUUUUUUUCUUUCCUCUCUUUUUUUCUUUCUCAAAAUUUUCAAAAGAAACUUUAGCAAUGUUCCAGCUGGCAGUAACACCUUGAAUGGAGAAGAUGGUGUUGAACAGACAGCAAUGAAAGUAUCUUUGAAAUGUCCGAUCACAUUUCGACGGAUUACUUUGCCAGCUCGAGGCCAUGACUGUAAGCAUAUUCAGUGCUUCGAUCUAGAAUCUUAUCUUCAGUUGAACUGUGAGCGAGGAUCAUGGCGUUGUCCUGUUUGCAACAAAACAGCUUUGCUUGAAGGACUAGAAAUCGAUCAGUACAUCUGGGCAGUUCUUAACAAUCUUGCCCAAACUGAUUUUGAAGAAGUGACCAUUGACCAGACUGCAAGUUGGAAACCUGUCCCAUUAAAAACUGCCGUCAAGCAAGAACCUGAUGAAAAUGAUCAAUGCAGUGGCGGCAACAGUCGUUGGAUGAAAGCCAUGUCUCCUUCCAGUAUGCCCCUCCCAACAAUGAACUCGUGGGAAUUUGGUCCAGGGCAUCAGCCUUCACCAUAUUCUAUGCCUCCCUCUUCACAAGACAUGCCAGACAUGAAACCCCGGACUUACCCUGUAAAACCUCCAGAAUAUGGUGCACCAUUUGCAGGCAGUAAUUAUAACGAUGGAAGUGGAAAUUUCCAGGGUCGACCUCCAGACUUUCCUGGACAGUUGAGCCACAUCAGUGAAAAUAUGAGUGGUGUUCCUCCAGGUGGCCAGCCUCCUAUGCAGCAACAGCAGCAGCAGCAACAACAACAGCAGCAGCAACAAGCACAGCAGCAGCAGCAGCCCCCACAUUCAAGUGAGAAACAGAUGGGUGGGCAUAUCCCACCACCCUCAACAGGCCAGUACAACCCAGCUACUGGUGAGCAGACUGGUCAACAGUUGCGGCCUCAGCAUUCAGGAGUUGACCAGCAGCAGCAGCCGCCGCAGCAGCAGCAGCAACAACAGCAGCAGCAGCAGCAAACUGCUUCAAGCAUGAACAAUCACAUGACACCGCCCAGCCAAUCACAAGUUCCGAACAGUUUAUCCAACGGCAAUCAUCCACUUAGUCAUCAACCCAACAACUCAACGCCCACAAGCAAUACACCUACAACAGACACUUUGUCACAUCAUCGAAAUUUGGGUGACUUGAACUUUGACCCAGCUGCUAUUAUUGAUGGGGAAGGCCAAGGUCAAGAAGCUCUUGAUCUUCUACCUGAGAAUAUUGGAGAUCCAAUGGAGCUUUUGUCUUAUUUGGGACCCCCUGAAAAUGCUGGGGACGGUGCUGGUGGGACUCCAGGCUCAGGGAAUAAUGGUAACGGCAGCAACAACAAUGAUGAUCUGUUGUCCCUAUUUGAUUCUUGUAACAGACACAGCGGAUCAGUUCUGCUUGACUGUCAGCUGCAUUACCCACCAUUCCCUAUUCUUCCUCCCCAGCCUAGCAUCCAUGCAUUCAUCUAUCUAUCUCUCUCUCUCUCUCUCUCCAAAUGGUCAGUCAGUCAGCAGGAAACUUCUUAA